AUUAUUCAAUAUCAGUAGUACCGAACUCUGCAAUUCCAAAUGAUAAUGCCGGUUUAACCAUGCUGGCUCAUCGGCCUGGUUCUUUUCCUCAAUUCGGCAUUUUAACUUUCGCCACAAAUUAUUCUGGCGCUCGUCAGUUUGCCGAUCCUAAUAGUGCUUCUUUUAUUUAUAUUGCUAAUUUAUCAUGCGCUAAUGAACCGGUUCUUAGUUGCUCGCCUACCCCUCAAACUUUUAGUGUUUUGAAUGUUUUAUGUUUGGCUGUGUCGAAUCCUAAUGCUUGUGAAACAAAGUUUUCUUAUAGCAUAUCGUUCACAUCUGGUGUAAAGUAUCCUGCUUUAGCCGUUCUUAGUUCUACGCCUUCUAGUUGUCCUACAGCACCUGUUGCUCCUUCGACAACUAUCGUUGAUCCCGGAGUUUUUAACAGUGAUAUGCCUUCUACAUCUAAUGCGG